UCGGAAACUGGCGAGAAUCUGUGGCUCCGCAGUGCGCUGUGUCGCGAGCAAAUGAGCCUCAAAUUGAGCCAAGAUGGCGGCCCAUGAAACACCAGUUUCCGUUUUAGUGGAGCGCAACGGGGGCGGGUCUAAAACUGCAUCACAGCUGAUCUGGAGGUGUCCCCCCCCUUAAGUUGUUUUUUUGCAGAGAACAGCUUUGCAGAGAUUCACAGAUGGACCUCUCUUGUUUUCUUUCCCCCUUUCUUCUUAUUUUUUACCCUCGCGCAUUUUCUUAAAACUAGACCCCACAUCUUCUUCAGCCCAGUAUCGGAUUUAUACCCCGGCGCAGCUUCACUAUGACACUUCUUUGCAGAAUAAACUGCUUUCAUCGCACGUCUUCACCCGAAUAACCUCGUCUUUUUGUAGUCAUCCGCGGGGCAUCUAACCCGGGUCUGACCCAGUUGCAGUGUGUGUUUCUGCCCGCGCAGCAUCCCAUGUGUUAGUGAGCGGGGCCAGUGGAGAUGUUGUCGGCCGGAGAGGAGGUCGAGUCCCACUUGUUUACCUCACUGGAGGAGUCCCCCGGAGCGGCGAUCUCCCCGACACUCGAGCUCGGCCUCACGGCCGUGUACACCGUCCUGUACUGCGUCCUGUUCGCCUUCGUCUACCUGCAGCUGUGGCUCAUCCUGCACUACGGACACAAGCGCUUCAGCUACCAGAGCGUGUUCCUGUUCCUGUGCCUGCUGUGGGCCGCGCUGAGGACGACCCUCUUCUCCUUCUACUUCAGAAAUGUGGUGCAGGCCAACCGGCUGCAGCCUCUGGCCUACUGGCUGCUCUACUGCUGCCCCGUGUGCCUGCAGUUCUUCACCCUCUGCCUCCUGAACCUCUACUUCACACAGGUGAUGUUCAAGGCUAAAGCCAAGUACUCCCCAGAGCUCACCAAAUACAGGGUUCCUCUGUGCUUGCUCUUCCUGUGCCUCGGGGUAUUUUUCCUGGUGGUGAAUCUAACGUGUGCGUUGUUGGUGCAGGCGGCUCUGGAGCGCUCUGAAUCUCCCAGUGAUGGGGGUAUCCGCCACGCGGUGCUGGCCCGGGUCCUGAUCAACGACAGCCUGUUCGUGCUGUGUGCCGUCUCUCUGGCCGUCUGCGUCUUCAAGACCGCCAAGAUGUCCUCCGCCAACGUUUACCUGGAGUCCAAGGGCACGUCGGUGUGCCAGGCCACAGCCAUCGGGUCCACGGUGAUCCUGCUCUACACGUCCAGAGCCUGCUUCAACCUGGUGGCGGUGGCCCUGUCGCCGCAGGACCGACCCGGGCCCUUCAACUACGGAUGGUACAGCGUCUCUGAUCAGGCUGAUGUGCAGGAGAUCAGCGGCGAAGCCUACGUUGCUUUCGGGAUCAUUCUGUUCUUCUGGGAGCUUCUACCGACAAGUCUGGUGGUGGUUUUCUUCCGAGUCCAGAAACCGAACCAGAACCUGGCCCCAGGAGGGAUGAUCAACAGCCACAGCUUCAGCUCCAGGGCGUAUUUCUUCGACAACCCUCGGCGGUACGACAGCGAUGACGACCUGUCCAGAAGCGUGACUAGCCGGACCGAUCGGGCCAGCCUCCUGUCCACCCCCCCCCAGCCGGGCACGUCCAGUUGGUACGGCUCCAUCCAACGCACCGGCACCCUGGCGGCGGGCGUUGCUCCCACUCGGCAAACGCCGCCGUCUUCCACGGCCCCCCUCCUCUUUGCCUACGGAAACAUCCAGAGUCACAACCACCACCAUCACAACUACUACUCCACCCCGCAGAGCAACCAUCACCACCAUCACCACAGUAACUACUUUUCCACGCCACAGAAUUAUUACUGCGGGUCGCAAACGUAUUUCUGCACCCCGCAGAACUGAGCAGGGUCCGCCCGUAAAGAUUGUAAAAAAACCUGACGAAUAACUAACAUCUUCCUGCGGUUUUCUCUGCGCCAUUUUGCUUCCCUCGAUACAUCCAAACAGGAACUUCUGAGCGAUACCCUGAGGCAUCGCUCAGAACCAGCUUGAGCCUAAAAGUUUGGUUUGCCAAAUUAUUCCAGAGGAACGUGCCGGCACCAGAAACUAAAGACGACGCGGUCUUUAAAUGUCACGUAGGGACCAGAACAAAAAAGCAAGCGCAGGUUGUUGACCACCGUUUUAGCGUUUAAUGCACCUAAAACGUCAAAGACUUAACUUUUUAUGUUAAAACAUUCUGGUCCGUUAGCAUUUCUGAGACUGGAAUCAUCAGGGACCAGAUAAUUAUCCUUUGCUUGUACAUUUCAUCAAUUGUGUUUCUAUGUUUUCAGCGAUUUUUAGUUUCUAGAUCCACAGAAAUACAAAAGCGGUGCGGGCGACAUCGGCAAAGCUCGAGACGUUAGCGUGCCUCCGCAGUCCGGGAUGCACAUUUUGUUUGGAUAUGUAAAAAUAAGCUUAUUGCGGUUUUAAUAGCCAUCAAGCGUUCAAAAGUAUCAUCCAUGUAGACCGCUUACAGCCGCAGAGUAGAUGUGAAAUGUAGAUGUAUAGCUGCUAUAUGCGUGAUAGCACAAGCUCAGUGUAAAAAAUAUAACCAACAAAAUGCAUUGAUAUGGAGAAAGAGUGUCAACAGAUGAGUUUAACGACCCACUAAAUCCACUCAAACAAGAACAUGCCACUGCAGUGAUGAUAUAGAACUGCAGCCAAAUCCAGGUUUACUUCCCUAUAACUGAACAAUGGAAACCACGGGGAGACCCGGGGCGGGGGGCGCCACGCUCGUUGCUGAACGUUGGGGAUCCAAAAUAUAUUGGUUCUGCCGUAUCAUUCGGACGGUGGAUCAAAACAUCAGAAUGAGCCUUCUUUGAAGUCGAAACGCGCCCUGCAGGGAUUGUUGCUGAAAACAGACGUUGGACCAAAAUCCUGCCGCGCGAUGGGAUCCUUUCGUGAAUCGUGAGGCAAAACUUUGCACUUAGAGGAAGUUCACCGUCAGAGAGAAAAGGCUUUGGGCCUGAAUGUAGGAUUUCGUCUCCUGUACACGUUUUAUGAAUUUUCUUCAAUCGUCGUUGUUAUUUUUUUAACUAUUUAUCCUUCGAGAAAGGAAAUAUCAACGUGCCAUUACAUGCUUUCAUUCCUGAAGGAAAAAAAAUCUUUGCACAAGAAACGGGUGGCGUUUUUUUGUCGUCAACUUAAUCGAUUCCUAAUCCACGUGUGUGUUUGAGUUAAAAUGUGUGUGUGACCUUAACAUUUAAGUUUUCCAGUUUGCUUUAAUGCCAUUUUUUCCCCCCAGUUUUCUCUCAUUGUUAUUCACUUUACGAAUCUCUGGAAGCAUGUGACCCAAACCAGUGUCCCCAUCUGUCAGGGCUGGAGGGAACAAUGCUACCCAACACACACCCAACCUGUAAAUGACCAUUAAAACGAUGAAAACAUCACCGGACACCGGUAUAAACCCACGGAACUGAAGAUAAAUCAACAUCUGCAGCUUCUGCAAUCAUCUCCGUGUCUUGUUUUCUUUCCACGGUGAUAACCACGUGGCUCUUAUCAGCUAUAACAACGGCAAUUGUUUUGUAUUAACCGUUUCAUGUUCUGGAUUAUCUGUGGCCAUACUGAAUGUACCAAGAGAUGCUAACGAUGUAUGCAAGAAGAGCACUUUCCUGUUGAAAUAAAGGCCCACUGCACUGUUUUUAAAACAAAGGUAA